CUUACACUAGGUUUCAGUACGGGGACAUUCGCCGAACGCGCAUGCGAAGGCACUUCUGCAAGCGACUAGCAGGCGGUAGUGCUUGGCGCAUCAACUGAGUGGGUCACACUGGGCUUCGUUUCACUAUGGGGACAUUCGCCGAACACCCAUGCGAAGACACAUCCGCAGGCGGCUGGUAGCCUGCGGGAGUGCUUGGUGCGAGGAAACGGGUGGUGUGGCUUCGCCACAAUGUAGCCACAACGACAAAUGGUGUUGCAGAUAGUGCAGGUGACCGUGUCAAGAUAACCUUUCCGCGUGGGUAUAAGAGUACGGUCAAUCCUGACACUCCUUGAGCAGAACACCCCCACAAUCACACAGCUAACAUGGACGCAAGCUCUGAGCAACUCAACAUUCGCUUCCCCAAGCCGACUAUCGUGUCAUCCUCCAUUGCACCCAUCCCCACAAUCGACCCCGGCAGGACCCCCGAGACUACUCAGGCCGUCCUCGACUGUCUCAAGGACAACCAUCAGCGAUUCCACAUAUUCUUCAACGACUGGGGCUUUCACAAUCAUGCGUCACAUCACCUUCUGGCAAUCUACGCCAUGGGCGCGAGUCCCGAAGUGAUACGAGGAGCAUAUGACACCCAUAUCGCAUACCAGCGGCCUUCCAAGGACCGAGUCUGCGCGGCGACAAUCGACGGGAAGAACUGGAAGGACCACCUUGGAGACGAACUGUAUUAUCAAGCUUACGUCGCAUUCUUCUCCCAGCUCCUCCUAUCGCAGGAUACCAAAGGUUUCCCAGCCAUUCUCGAAGACUACGUCUUCUCGACAGACGCGAACUUUGUUGCGGGCAAGAAUGGAGCCAAGCCGCAAAUGCUUGGCCGAUUCUAUUCCAGCUUAUUCCACACCCUGAUCCACAUUGCCUACGGAGCCGAGUUCGGUCUACCUGGCCUGUCUGCUGAAGGUCUGGCGAAGUGUGCAGUACAGUCACUCGACAUCGAAGAUGUAUUCGCCCCGGAAUUCUUCGAUGUAGGGUCCGUCGACGCCCUUGCCUCCCGGCUCAGCUCGAAGGCCCCAUCGGCGGACGUACAUGCCCUGACCAUCCUGUCGCGCAUAGAGAAGGACACGGACUUUGCGCCAGAUAACUUUACGUUCCCUGAUCGCCGCAAUCUGGGCUCUGUGUACGGCGUCAUUCUCAGUCAAGCCGACGGCAAGCUCUCCAAGUACUGUGACGAGUGGUCCAAGACUGUCAUACCGGACCGAGAUGUCCUGAAGAGGAAGUUCGAGGAGCUUGUGUGGAUGAACACCGUGGUCUAUGGCGUCGGGGGAUGGGAGGGUAGGGCACUAGGCGAGGACUCGAAGGGCAAGUUCAACGCCGACAUCCUGCUCAUGCAUAGUGUCACGUCUGCAUUGAUGAUCGCGUCUCUCCUCAACACCCUCGGCCUCGAUUCUGCCGUCCUUCUCCUCCGUGCAUACUUUACCUUCUCCAUCCUUGGGUACACGGCACGCGGCCGUCCCGCGCUCCCUGUCAAGGAAUUCUACGCCAACACGUCGCCCUACCCGUCGCCUCCCGACGCCCCGCUCACCGCGGCCAAGGACACCAUUGAGCCCUCCACGGCGCCGAACCCGUGGCUGCCGAUCGUCCAGACGACGCUCGUACAUCCGGAUGAGCACCUGUGCAAGAUGCAGCGUGCGCUCAUGCACUUUGCCGGGUGCUACGGCGACACGGAUCCCGGAGCGCUUGCGCACUCAGGUCUGCAGGGUGCGGAGGUGCUCGACGGAACGCUGUUUGCCAGGGUGGCGGUUCUCACUGCGGACAGACUUCGCUGGAUGCGCGAGGGAGAGGAGAAGCAGGGAUGGGAUCACAGUGGAUUCGCUGAAGGAUAUAAGCUCUAAAGCGGUCACUCGCGACCGGCGGUCUGCGUGAUCAAGGUUAUGAAUAUGAAUAUUACAGUGACUGGGUUACGGACAAAAGCAAAUAUCUUGUUUUCGCAGUGCCGAAUCUUGUAUUCGCAGCGGUCGACGACUUAUUUUCACUGUAAUAUGCCUGAUUUAUUUGUAUGUUAGUGAAAUGAUCUACGU